ACCCAGCUCCUCCAAGAUCACUCUUUGCGGUCAAUAAAACCCAGACCUCUGUGACUCUCUUAUGGGUAGAAGAAGGAGUAGCUGAUUUCUUUGAGGUUUUUUGCCAGCAGAUUGGCUCAGAUCAUGAGACAAAGAUUCAGGAACCAGUUACCGUUUCUUCUCAUGUCGUGACAGUCUCCAGCCUUCUGCCUGCCACUUCCUACAACUGCAGUGUUACAAGUUUCAGUCAUAACACCCCCAGUGUCCCCACCUAUAUUUCAGUUUCCACUAUGGUUGUGGAGAUGAAUCCUAACGUGGUGGUCAUUUCUAUUCUCGCCAUUCUGAGCAUUCUUCUGAUAGGGCUCUUGCUUGUAACACUGGUGGUUCUUCGGAGAAAACAUCUACAAAUGGCCAGGGAAUGUGGAGCAGGAACAUUUGUGAAUUUUGCUUCAUUGGAAAGAGAUGGGAAACUUCCGUACAACUGGCGUAGGAGUGUCUUUGCUUUCCUAACUCUGUUACCCUCCUGCCUUUGGACUGAUUAUCUCUUGGCAUUUUAUAUUAACCCUUGGAGUAAAAAUGGAUUGAAGAAGAAAAAGCUGACCAACCCUGUCCAGCUGGAUGAUUUUGACAGCUACGUCAAGGAUAUGGCUAAAGAUUCGGAUUACAAAUUCUCUCUGCAAUUUGAGGAACUGAAACUGAUUGGGCUGGAAACCCCACAUUUUGCAGCGGAUCUUCCCAUGAAUCGCAGUAAAAACCGCUACACAAAUAUUCUGCCUUAUGAUUUCAGCCGUGUUCAGUUGGUUUCAAUGAAUGAAGAAGAAGGCUCUGACUACAUUAAUGCCAACUACAUCCCUGGUUAUAACUCUCCACAAGAGUAUAUUGCAACACAAGGACCACUCCCUGAGACAAGGAAUGACUUUUGGAAGAUGGUUCUCCAACAGAAGUCACAAAUCAUUGUUAUGCUUACUCAGUGCAAUGAGAAGAGAAGGGUAAAAUGUGACCAUUAUUGGCCUUUUGCGGAAGAGCCGGUUCUUUAUGGAGACAUCACAGUGGAGAUGCUUUCAGAAGAAGAACAAGCUGACUGGAUGUACAGGAACUUCAGAAUCAGCUAUGCAGAUGAAGUGCAGGACGUGAUGCAUUUUAAUUACACCUCUUGGCCCGACCACGGUGUUCCUCCCACCAACGCAGCAGAAAGCAUUUUGCACUUUGUACAUACGGUCAGGCAGCAGGCAACGAAAAGCAAGGGGCCCAUGAUUGUACACUGCAGUGCUGGUGUAGGACGAACCGGGACCUUCAUAGCAUUAGACCGGCUUUUACAGCACAUUCGUGAUCAUGAAUUUGUAGAUAUAUUGGGAAUGGUGUCCGAUAUGAGGUCUUAUCGGAUGUCCAUGGUUCAGACAGAGGAACAAUACAUUUUUAUUCACCAAUGUGUGCAACUGAUGUGGCUAAAGAAGAAACAGCAGUUUUGCAUUAGCGAUGUCAUAUAUGAGAAUGUCAGCAAGUCAUAA